GAAAAGACACGCACCAUUGAAAUUCCCAAAUCAAAUUUCAAACUUUAAGUAACUUGGUUCCCUCGUAUUUAUAUUUACCAGCGUUUUUCUCGGCAUACAGUUGAAGAAUAGAUUGCGGUGCUUGCGUAAUUUCCGGUAAGCAUCUUGAAGAGAAGAUUGCCCCACUUAUGAAGUUGUCGAAGACCCCAAAUAAUCAAAGGAUUCAUAGAAAACAACCAAUAGAUUGGAUUUCCUUCAUCACUGAUGAUCAUGCUAAGUUAGCGAUUCCGGUUGGACCUCGUUUCCAGGUAGACAUUACACCUUGGAAUCCCUUGUCUUCCAAGAUUCGCCUAACAAUUGGUGACACUGUGUCUGACGAUGAAACUAAGUGGUUAGGAACUCAAAUGUGGCCACUAAAAGGAAGAAGCCAAAUUACGCCGCAAAAUAUGGUCGGAAGAGGCAGACCGCAAAAUUGUAUGUGUGUGUUCCCAGGGUCAAUAGAUUGCGUUAGACAACAUGUGUCAGCCAAAAGGAUCCAAUUAAAGGACGAACUUGGUCCCGCAUUUUGGAAAUGGAGGUUUGAUGUCAUGGGAGAUGAUGUCUCCAAGGUAUGGAAUAAGGAGGAACAGAGGAAAUUUGAUGAUGUUGUCAAAAUGAACAUUACAUCAAGCGACACAAGCUUCGUGAAGGUCGCCUCACAAUGUUUUUCGCGCCAUAGCAAAGGAAGCAUCAUUAGCUACUAUUUGAAUGUGUACAUCCCAAGGCGAAUAAGUGCUCAAACAAGGUCAGGUUGCAAUUAUGUUGACACGGAUGAUGACAAUGAUGAUAAUGACGACGACGACGCGAUGAUGGCAAUUAAGAGGUUACGUACGGACUUCACUUAUAGCACCUGUAAGCGCUUGGCAUCAUAUCGGGUAAAUCCGUGCUGCUCAAAAGCAGAUUGUGCAGGUGGAAGAAUUGACAACACAACACCAUUUUUGCCUAUCGGACAAUCCUCAUCGUUUACCGGAAAUGGGACCAGACAACACGGUGCAGUUUGGUCGAGGAGGCACAUAAUGCUUGCAUUAACUAUCUAUUUACAAAUUAAUACCACAUAAUCCGAACCUUCUUAGCAAUUUAAGCAACAAUAUGAUACGAUAACGAUGUAAAUGAUAUACUUCGUCUGUCCCAACUCCCAACUAAGAUGACGCAAUUCUCUUUUUAAUUUGUCUCAACCAACAACCAAGAUGACACAUUUCCAUUUUUGAUAA